AUGGCACUUCUUUCCUGGCUCUCACCUUUCAUCAGUAAGCCUGAUGUCAGGGAUAGCACGCGUUUUCAAACGACGACCAGUCUAGAUACGAAGCCCAUCGAGGAUAUGGACUUUGAUACCCUCGCAGACAAGGUGGAAGCAUUGCGAGCUCAGCUCGAAUAUGCCAAUGAGCUUUGUGCGCAAGCAAACCUUCAAUUUGACAAAUAUCGCAUAGAACUAUACGAGCUCCGCAACUCGCUGGAUUCUGCGCGGGCAAGGGGCGACGAAGCGCGGCGCUUGCUGGUGGAGGAGCAAGAAAAGCGCGUAGCCCUUCAGGCACAAGCGAAGAGCCUGCAAACCAGCCUGAGAAACGAGUCUGUCCUUGCUGGUCAGCUGCAGGCAAGACUCAAUACUGAGACGACGUCGUUGAAGGCCAUGACUAAACAUGCACGGAGGCUUGAGGAGAGGUUGGUUGAUAUGCAGUUGGAUCUAGAAUACCUGAGAUGCACCACAAACACCGAGCCAGUCAAGGACCCUUUGGUCACCCUCGCGCAAGAUUCCCCUCUACCAGCGCAACCAUUUGUUGUCGUGCUGGUGGACGGUGACGCCUACUCUUGGGCUCGCGAUAUCUGCAAUCAGGGUACUGGACAAGGAGGCACUUCAACAACCGCUUGUGCUGAUGCGACUGGCCCAGGUGCCAUAGCUGCCACGAGGAUCCGUAACGAAGUCAUCAAGUACAUUCUGAAUCAGAAUGGAACUAUUCCGAUAACAUCCAAGGUUGUCACUCGCGUUUUUAUCAACUUUGGGGGUGGCGUCAGACAGCCCCGGCCUCGAAAGAGCCAUACAGGUGUAGCCGUAGCCGAUUUUGCGGUCCAGUUCACCGAGAAAAUCCCUCUGUUCGAUUUCUUCGAUGCAGGAAGGGGGAAAGAGAGGGCAGAUGACAAAAUCAGAGAAAACUUCCACCUCUAUCUCUCGACGCCGAACUGUCACGCAAUCUUUGUCGCUGCCUGCCUUGACAAUGGAUUUGCCCGGAUGCUUGAACAGUAUAGUGAUCAUCCGGUCGCCCGUCAAAAGAUCGUCUUAGUCUCGCCUGGCUACGUCGCAAACGAGAUACAGAAAUUGGCCCUGAAAGUGGUUGAGUGGCCCAGUGUCUUUGCUGUACGGUCCAUGCCAGCCAGUGCAGUUGUUAAGCACAAGAAAGGAACGCAGAAACUGCAAAGCCAGAAAGCCCGCACGCAGCGCAGUGUGUCUACACCGUCAAUAUUUUCCGAUGAGACGCGGUCGAGGCUCACGUCGAGAUUGUUGGACUUGGUCCCUGUGUGGAGUCCUAACGUGGGAAUGAGUAAAACCUCGAAUAGUGUUGGCCUGAGGGUGCAGCAAGUGACAGGGGCUGGUGUCGUUGAGCAUCUCGACCUCGCACAGAUAGGUGAGGCUGUCGAAGACAUCGACUGA